CCCCCAAACUUCGAGCUUCGCGUAUAUCUCCUUAGCGAGUCAAGCUGUAUAUUUGACAAUUGUUUUUCUUUACUUUUAUAAACGCUAAACUGCUUUGGGUAGGUUUUGGUAUUUGAAUUUGCUCUGAUUGAAGUUUCGAAUUCUUGAUCGUUGGCCUUUGAUUGAACCCACCUCCAAUGUGAAUUAGAAGAGGCUUUUAUCUUUAAGACAACAGGAUGUGCACUCUAUCUUCGGUUUUAAAGGAGGUUUUUGUGCCGACUCAAUCCAUCACCUUUCUCAUUAUUGGCCUCUUUGAAUCUGGUUGAUCGGAGUAAUGCAGAUGAAUAAUAAUGGCCCGGUAACCAAAGAGUUGGCAGAACUAAAUCACCAAAUGCAAGAUGAGCGCAAGGAAAUGAGGGUUGGGGUUACCGGUGAAGGCCAAGGGCUCUCGGAGGAAGAUGAGUAUCAGAUUAAUAAGGAUGCAGAAGACGUUGAUGUUGCGCAGUCAGAAGCAGUCCAAGGCAAAGCGCAUUCCCCAGAUGUCUCUCAGAGCUCGCAGCAACAGCCUCAAGGGCCUGUGGUUCGCUGGGAGAGGUUUCUACCUCUUAGGUCUCUUAAGGUUCUACUGGUGGAAAAUGAUGAUUCAACUCGGCAGGUUGUCAGUGCAUUACUUCGAAAUUGUGGCUACGAAGUUACAGCAGUAGAAAAUGGUCCACAAGCUUGGAAAAUCUUAGAAGAUCUUACCACUCGUAUUGAUCUUGUUUUGACUGAGGUAGUUUUGCCUUGUUUAUCUGGCAUUGGCCUUCUAUGCAAGAUAAUGAGCCACAACACUUGCAAGAAUAUUCCUGUGAUUAUGAUGUCAUCUUAUGAUUCUAUGAACAUAGUCUUUAAGUGUUUGUCAAAGGGUGCAGUCGACUUUUUAGCAAAGCCUAUUCGAAAGAAUGAGCUUAAGAAUCUUUGGCAGCAUGUUUGGAGGAAAUGCCACAGCUCUAGUGAUAGUGGAAGUGAAAGUGGUAUACACACACAAAAAUCAACAAAGUUGAAAAGUGGUGAAGAGUCAGACAACAACACUGGAAGCAAUGAUGAAGAUGAUAUUGGAAGCAUUGAUUUGAAUGUUAGGGGUGGAAGUGAUACUGGAAGUGGCACUCAGACAUCUUGGACAAAGAGGGCAGCAGAGGUUGACAGUCCCCAACCUAUGUCACUGUGGGAAGAGGUAGAUGAUCCUCCUGAUAGCACUUGUGCCCAGGUUAUUCCUUCUAGGACUGAAGCCUUUGGCAACAACUGGGUGCCGGUGAUGGCAACAAGGGAGCAUGAAGGGCAGGAUCAUGAGCUUGACUUGGAGAUGGGAAUAUCUAGAAUUCCAAAUUUGCAGCUUGAAAACCCAAGUGCAAAGGGAUUGACCAACUUAGCUGGCACUAUUGAAGAAAAGAUCUCUGAAAGAAACUCAAAGAAAAAUGAUGAGAAGCUGCAUAAAGGACGAGUGGAGCUCAACAGUGAGAAACCAAAUGGCGAAAUGAGGAACCAAGUUGCUGAUCUAGUGGGUCUGACAUCUAACGAUACCGAUCCUCAGAUAGAAACUGUUGUCUUUGACAUCCCAAAUGGUAUCUCCAAGGUAUCCAACUUGAAAGAUAAGAUUAUCUUUGACAAUAAGGAAAUACCUUCCCUUGAACUCAGUUUAAAGAGGCUGAGAGAUGCUGGAGAUACUGGGACCAGUGCCCAUGACCGAAAUGUCUUGAGACAUUCAGACCUUUCAGCCUUCUCAAGGUAUAAUUUUGCAUCAAAUGCUAAUCAGGCUCCAACAGGGAAUGUUGGUAGCUGUUCUCCUCGUAACAGCUCAGAGGCAGAAAAAACCGACUCACUGCAAAAAUUUCGAUCUAACUCUAAUCGCACACAUCCCAAUCAGUGUUCGAAUGGUAGUAGUAAUAAUAAUGACAUGGGCUCAACUACUAAUAAUGUUUAUACUAAACAAGUGGCAUUCAGUGACAAGGCAGCACCCAAUUCUGCAUUCAAAUAUCUUCAUCCGUCCUCUGCCUUCCAACCAGUGCAAAAUGGCCAUAAUUCUCCCCCUCAGCCCAUAAUCCAAGGUAAGACAGAUGCAGCAACAGCUAGCAAGGUUUCGGCACAAACGGCUCAAACAAGGGACAUCAAACAGCCAGUCCACGUGCAGCACCAUCAUCAUCAUUAUCACCACCACCACCACCACGUGCAUAACAUGCCCCAGCAGAAGCCAGCCAACCAAGAUGAUUUAUCUUCAAAAAACAUUGCAGUGGAAGCUCUGCAGUGUGGGUCAUCAAAUAUGUUGAGUGCACCUCUUGAGGGCAAGGCUGGCAAUCAAAGUAUGAAUGGAAAUGGCUCGGGAAGUAACAGCGGGAGCAAUGGGCAGAAUGGAAGCAUCACAGAUUUAAAUGCUAGAGGAACAAACACGGAAAGUGAUAACGGGGUCGUAACAGGAUUUGCAACUAGAAGCGGAAUUGAUACAAACAAUUCUGCACAAAGAGAGGCUGCUUUAAUUAAAUUCCGUCAGAAGAGAAAAGAGAGAUGCUUUGAGAAGAAGGUCCGAUACCAGAGCAGGAAGAAACUGGCAGAACAGAGACCACGAAUUCGAGGACAAUUUGUUCGACAGGCGGUGCACAAGAAGGAAAGUAAGGACACACAUUGUUAACCUGACUUAUCCCUGAUGAUACUCGUGGAAUUUUCUACAUGAUAUUGACACCAGCUGUGUACACGAGGUGAGCUACGUAACCACUGUGAUCGAGGACCGAGUAGAUUGUGUAAGGACUCGGCAGAAACACCUUGCACUAUGUAUAAGCUACUACUAUUAUUAGUGCUGCUGCUACUGCUACUGCUCCAAAAUGGGGUAACCCUUGAAAAGGGCAGUCUUCUCUAAUAAAAACUCUUCUGAUCGGUGUGCCGUUGUAUUUCUAGACUUCUUUAAUGAUUGGAUGCUUGAAGAACUCUUUUUUUUUUCUUCAA